AUGCCAAAGAACUUUGCUGAAAUAAAGAAGAUGGUUAGAGGUCUUGGGUUGCCGGUUGAAGUUAUCGAUUGCUGUUUCCGCAACUGCAUGAUUUUCUGGGGGUCAGACGCGGAGUUAACGCGAUGCAAAAUUUGCGAUCACGAACUGUGGAAACGGCCCCCUAAAGGAAAUUCUGUGAAAAGACGAGUUAACGUCCCUUAUAGGAAAAUGUUUUAUUUUCCUAUAACUCCGAGACUGCAGAGGUUGUACGAUUCUAAAGCCACCGCCAAGCAUAUGACGUGGCACGCAGAACACAAAAUACUGGGCCUGUGUAAUGAUGGGUUUCAACCAUUUGGGGCCUUCGGGCAGAAUUAUUCAUCAUGGCCAGUAAUUUUGACACCCUACAAUCUCCCCCUAGGGAUGUGUAUGAAAGAUGAGUUCAUGUUUUUAACUGUUAUUGUCUCUGGGCCUCAAAAUCCUAAACACCAAAUGGAUAUUUUCCUGCAGCCGUUGAUAGCUGAGUUGAACCAACUGUGGGAAUUUGGAGUCCAGACAUUCGACGUUCAAAGGCGACAGAAUUUCCAAAUGAAAGCGGCACUUAUGUGGACAAUUAAUGAUUUUUCCGUUUAUUCGAUGUUGUCUGGCUGGAGCACAUCUAGGAGACUGGCUUGCCCACACUGCAUGGAAAAUACAGAUGCUUUUACGCUUAAAGGGAGUAGAAAACAGUCAUGGUUUGAUUGCCACAGAAAGUUCUUGUCUCGUGGUCACCUGUACCGUCGUAAUACAACUCAUUUCGGAAAAGGAAAAACCGUAAACAAAAAAUUCGGACAGCCGAAAACCGAAGAAGAAGUGUUGGCAGAGAUGGACAGUCUGGGGUUUAUGAAGGCAUAUGAAAUUGGGGCUGAGAAAAAUAAUGCUGCGAAGUCGACAGAUUAUGGUUGGAAUAAAAAAAACCAUGCAAAAUCUAGAGAAGAGUUGAAUGACAUAUGUGAUCGCCCAAAGUUAGCAAAAGAUCCGGUUACUGGGAGAUUUCCUAAGGCAAUGUAUGCUUUGGACAGGGACGGAAAAAAGGCUUUGCUCGAGUGGAUUAAGUUAAUAAAAUUUCCAGAUGGCUACACGUCCAACUUGUCCAGAUGUGUCAAUACAAUCGAGUUGAGUAUCUUCUUUCGUGAGUUAACCUCCACGUCUCUAACGGAGAAAGAUCUAGAUCGUAUGGGGCUGGAAAUCCCAAAGAUAUUGUGUAAGCUGGAACUCAGCAAUAAAGGGAGGGUGGAAGAAAGCAUUAGUAGCGGAUACUUAAAUGAAGAAACCGCAAAAUUUGCAGCUUAUUACUUUUCAGAAGGUGACCUAAUGAUACUUGAGCGGCUGCAAAGAAAUGAAGUUUGUGACAUUGAAGUCGACGACGAUAUUGACAGACUAUCUAUUUUCAAGCCGCACGGGCAAUCAGUGGGUGCUUGCCGCAAGAGAUAUCUUGAAGAUGAUGAGAUUGUUGCUGCCCGGACAUAUGUUUUGUUGAAUUGUUCAGAAAUUGAAAAUUACAGAGAGGUUUUCGAAGACGAGCUGCGGAGAGGAAACCCCGAUAUCAGCAACUCGCAAAUUGAAGCGAAGUUUGAGAGUGACUUUGCGUACUGGUUUCAACAAUAUGUUCAAGAUCCAAUUGUCUGUACUAAUCCCUUCAUUCUUAGUCUUGCUAAAGGACCUCUUAGAUCAGUCAGAAUAUUUAAGGGGCACCGUGUAAAUGGAUUCAAGUUUUAA